GCAGAGCAGAGCAGAGCAGAGCAGCAGGACAGGGUGUUGCUGCUGGGCUUUGGCCAGGAGAGUAAGAGGAGCCAAACAGUUCGGAGCACACAGCUGAUUCCUCAAAAGUGUAGAUAUGUUUGAUAACUCUAACUACCCGUUCAACUGUUUUAACUAUGAUGGAGACGGAUACCCUUCCUCCAGCACAGACGAGGAGAAGAAAAUGUGCAGACCUGCGUACAGCUACAUCGCUCUGAUAGCCAUGGCCAUCCAGCAGAGCCCUGAGCAGCGGGUCACUCUGUCGGGCAUCUACGAGUUCAUCAUGAAGAGAUUCCCAUACUACCGCUCCAACCAGAGAGCCUGGCAGAACUCCAUCAGACACAACCUCUCCCUCAACAGCUGCUUCAUCAAGGUUCCUCGGACAGAGGGUAAUGAGAAGGGAAAGGGAAACUACUGGACUUUUGCCACUGGCUGUGAAUCCAUGCUUGACCUGUUUGAAAACGGCAACUUUCGGCGUCGCCGGCGCAGGAGGAACAUGAAAAUUGGCCUCCGUGAUUCAGGAGAAACCCCUUUCCAUCCUUUAGAGAGCCACAGCAAUCAUCACAUACCCGCAGCCCAGCACCCUGAACCCGACUCCACCCUCUGCCCUCUGAACCCCGAGAGGCAGAGACCGGGCCCCCAGCCAAACCACCUCAUCCCAAACCCCAGCCAGGGGAAACCAGAGUCAGAGAUCAAGUUUAGUAUUGACUACAUCCUGUCUACUCCAGAUCCACCACUGCCGGGGUUCAGAUCCUCACAUGGUCCAGUGCACAUAGGGCCCACAGGGCCACCCAUCCACGUUCUGGAGCCCCAACACCUGAACCUGCACUUCUGGACUCUGUGA